AGGGAGAGAGAUUGGAUCAAUUAGUUUUAUAUUCAUAGGAGUUUACAAAAAGCAUUGUUUGUCUGAAACAGACAGACCAGAUAGCGGUGAAUAAUUUUAAGGUAGAUUGUGAGUGCAGUAUUGAUUUUCCAGUAACCAUGUUUUUAGAUGUUUGGUAAAUGAGAUGGCAGAUCCCAUGUGACGCUUGGUAUCGUGUUCCAGGUCUGUGACGCUCGAUAUGAAAACACUGACUGCCCAAAAACACUUUUCCUAAAUGGUGACCAGACAAUCGCCUCUGGAGCCUACUCUAGUCGACAAAAUCUAGUUUGAACGUAGUCUAGAUGCAGCAGGGGACUGACUUUGGAAGAGCAACCGCGAUCAUAUUGAAUGACCCCCACAGCCAACAAUGGACCUUGAUCAUCAUUGCUGUCUUUGAUCUGGUUUUUUUUUGAAUAUCUUUCUCCCCACAGCUAACAAUUGUGAGCUCCACUUUUCCUUGAUUAUCGUUGCUGGCGUUGAUCUGGCUUUUUGCAUAUCCUUCGUUAAUUUGUUCAAUGUACCUUUUCAUAUCUCUCAGUUCUCUUUCCGCUGACUCUCGACCCGAAACGUCACCUAUCCCAUUUCUCCAGAGAUGCAGCCUGCCUGGCCCGCUGAGUUUGUGCCUAUCUAGAUUGGCCAUGCAGGCUGAAGGCGUAUUCCGGCAACUAAUUUAAAAAAAAUAUAUAUAAUUCUGCAUCCUGCAAGCGUACAUUCAACAUUCCCCAUUAGCUUCAGCUUUCUAGCUACUUUCCACUUCUCGUGAAUGAAUCCCAGCCCUUCGUGAACGCUCCAUCGUUUCCUCGCCCCUCCUUCAGCUCCUGUUACACAGCGUUGCCCGGAGAAACCCUGCUAACAGUGGAGCUGGGCGGGUUCGGCUUCUGUCUUCAGUCUGUGCCUUCAGGCCACCGGGACCCGCAGCACCCGGGAGCAACGCAGGUCCCUGAUGUCCAACUGCAGAGGAGCAGAUUCGGGCUCCCCGAUCCCGGAGCUGAUCGAUGUCAACAGUAACCGUGCGCUGCGCUCGCUCGCAUGGACCGGUUCCCCGGCCGCCGGUCGCUAUGUGCCCGAGCUUCAAGAGCAACUCAAUGCAAUGAAGCGGCAACUGACCGAGAAGGAAGAGAUAAUUGCCACCCUGACUACUGGGAGGAGCCGGAGCCGAAUGGAGACUCACAAGGGGACGUUUGAGCCUUUGGUGGAAUUUCCUGCUUCACGUGAAGAACUGAAUCACCAUCGGGUGGCAUCUGAAACUGCUCGCUCUGAGCUGGCUGCCUUGCAGGUCAAAUACAAGAGCAGUCAGGCUGAGCUUACAGAUACUUGCAUGAGUCUUGCGUCCCGAGAGGGCUACAUCCAGGAACUGAAGGCAGAGAUUGAAAGCUACAAGGCAGACAACACAAGACAGGCAUCUCUAAUUGUUUGCUUGAGGGGAAGGCUCCUGGAAUCCGAGGAAGAGGCCGGAGCACUUCUCACAUCAAAGACUCGAGCAGAAUUAACUCUGCAAGGUUUGCAGAAUGAGAACAGGGAUCUCCAGCAGAGGAAUACAGAGUUGGAGAAGAAACUCAGAAAACUACUGACAGAGCAGGACGAAGUCCAGCAACAGGACCACAGGAGAUUGAAACAGUAUGAUGAGUUUCUGAUCAAGCUCACCCAUGCCGUUAAUAUGGAUUGUGGAGGAGCAGAUCUGGAUUUCCUUGUGUCACAGAUCGGAGAGUUUUACCAGGGAAGCAGCAGGAAAAGUUCCCAGAUUACGAACCUUGAGGAGGCCAUUAGUGCCCAUGACAUGGAGUCGAAGGCAAGCCGAGAAACUAUCAUGAGACUCGUGUCUGAGCUGGGGAGGGAGCAGAAAGCUGUGGCCUCUUACGCACAGGAAUUGGAGACCCUUCGUAAGGAAAUAGAGAACACCAGGAAUGAUAGGCAGCUCGUUGAAAGAGGAAACAGGAUCUUGCAGGACAGGCUGGAUGCAAAACACCGAGCUUGCGAAUCUUCGAAGCUAGAGUUAAUACGGUGGGAGCAACGUUGCAAGGAGCUGGAUGGAGGCCUGCUGACUAGUGUGUCGGAUGCCAAAGCAGUUAAAGGCCAUUUGGAUGCAUUCAAACAUCAGCUGGCCUCUCUGCUCAACAAAGCAAAUGUAGUCGUUCAGCCCACUGAAGAAGCGAUCCGGGAAAGAAUCUGUCAACUUUGUGACAGCGAAGAAAACAUGAGGAUGACCGUGUCGCAGCUGGAAGAGAACGGGAGCAAGCUGACAGUGCAGCUGGAGAGGCAGGUGGACCUGCACCAAGCGGCAGUGCAGCGCUCCACCAAGGCCGAGCAAAGGCUGUCGGAGCUGCAGGACCGAGUGCAGUAUCUGGAGGGACGCCUGCUGGAUGGGGACGUGUUUCGUGAUGCUCUGAGCCAGGACAAACAGAAAUAUCUGAAGUUUCUGGAGCAAAUAGCAGAGAAAAUGAAGCUGCAUCAGAUGACGUCAGAGAUUGGGUUCGAUAUGCAACUCGACGCGAUUCUUGCCCGAGCCGAUCAGCUGGUCAAAAUGGAGAGUGAAGCCAUUGUUGAAAACAAGACUCUAACAUACAACCUGAGAAGGAAGCUUAAAGCACAGAAAGAGAGGUUGGAGAGCAAAGAGCUGCACAUGGACCUGCUGAGGAAAAAAGUUACCCAGCUGGAUGUGGAGAAACAGACCCAAACUGCACUGGCAGUGGAGAGGGAUGAAGCUAACUUUACUAUGAGGAAACUGCAGAAAAAAGUGGAACGACUUGAGAAGGAGCUGCAGUCAGCACACUGCUACAGCAUGGACCUGCGAGCAAAGCUGUCUGACACUCAUGAGCUCAAGAUUAAAACGCUGGAGCAAAACAAAACCAUCGGGGAUCUGAAUAAAUCUGUGAAGAAGCUGGAGAAAUUAAAACAUGAGGCCACAGCAAAGCUCGGCAACACCAAGUCCGAGCUGAGUUUCACUGAGUUUGAGGCAAGGGAGGAAAAAGACCGAGCCCGGAACAUAUUGGAGGCUGUUAGCAGUGAGCUUAAGACUCUAAAACAAACCCUGGAAGAAUUGGCCCAAAGGGAGAGACAGCUGGUGAAUUUCAGGGACGUUGUCUCACGGAUACUGGGCUUGAACGUUCAUGCUCUUGCGCUUCCUGACUAUGAGAUAAUAAAACGCCUUGAGAUGCUUGCCCAAGCUCACCACUCUUCAGCAGUGACUGCACUGCACCUCGAGAACUCCAUGGACAAGCUAAACCAAGGCUAUGCAGCAGGACGCGAGGCCAGGCAAAGGUUGGCUGCCGGUCUGAACCACCCAGGCCCCAUGCGAAUGACACCAAUGCCACCAAGGAGACUGAAGAGCGCCUCAUCAUGAGAAGCUUUCACCAUCUGAGUUAUCAUCAACAUUGGAAUGGUAGUGUGCAGAGUCUGAAUAGCAAUCAUAGUAAUUAUUUCAAAAUAUCGUCACCUCUCCGAAGUUCUUGGGAUGGCCUGCUAGUCUGAGACAGACUGUGCUGACGUUGGUGGUAUUCAGAAGGUUGUGAGUUCAAGUCCCACUCCUGAGACUUGAGCACACCAUCUAGACCAGGGGUUCCCAACCUUUUUCGUCCCGGUUACCCAUGGCAACUUUAAUAGCACAUUACAAUGUUAUUUUGCUUAUUUAUGAACAACUAAUGAUGAACAGAUAUAUCAGAACCAAACACAGUCUGUCAAUGAGAAAAAAAAAUAUGUACAAAUCCAGAAACAUUAAAUUUACCCUCUGGGUCGGCGAAAUUGACCCCCUGGGGUAGAGAUGCAGGUGGGAGGCAGGUAAAUUUACCCCAGGUUGGGAACCCUUGAUCUAGACUGAAGCUCCCAGGUGCCGAACUCGGAGGUUGCUGAGGUGCUGGAGUUUCAUUCUGUCUAACGAGAUAUUAAAUUAAUGCACAGUUUGCUCUCCACAAAGGACGUAGAGGUUGUCUGACAUUCUUCUGAAGAACAGGAGGACUUUCCCGAUCAAUAACUAUCCCUCGAGUAGAUCAGUAGAACUGUUCACUUCUUUACUGUUUGCAAGCUGUUGCCAUGUGGAAAUUAGCUGCUGUCAGUAGUCAGUGAAUGAGUGCCUUUCAAAUGAUUCCCUGUGAGGCACAAGAUGCUCAAACGUGGCGUCUGAAUUCACUUUCCUCCUUCCCUUUCUAAAGGGCCAUCCCUCCUCUCCACAGCUCCAUCCCCACGGAGAUGUUGGCAAAGUCUGAGCAGGAAGGAGAAAGAUUCAGAUGGGAGAUCACAGCAGAAGUGAACAAAUUGUCCUCAUCCUCAACAAAUUCCCUUUUGACUCCUCUCACUUUAUUUAACUUAAAUGUGUGGUCAUGGGCACUCGCAUGGGCCCCAGCUGUGCCUGCCUCUUUGUUGGUUACGUCCAACGGUCCUUGUUCCAAAGGUACUCAUUCUCCACUGCAACGAUGACUGCAUUGGGGCUGCCUCCUUGCAGAACUCGUCAAUUUCAUCACCUUUACCAUCAACUUACACCGUUCCCUCAAAUUCUCUUUGAUUAUCCCUGACACCUCUCUCUCUCCCCUUUCUUGACCUCUCUGUCUCAAUCACAGGGACAGACUAUAGACUGACUAUAAUCUGCUAUAAACCCACUGACUCACACAGUUAUCUAGACUGACCCUCCUCCCACCCUGCCUCUGGCGAAGACGCUAUCCCCUAUUCUCAAAUUCUUUGUCUCCAUUGCAUCUAUCCCCAAGGUAAGGGUGCCCCACUCUGGGAUAUUUGUCCUCUUUUGAAAUUAACCAUGGUUUCCGUCCUGCUGUCGUUGAUGGAUUUCUCACCCACGUCACCUCUGUGUCCGGCAGUUCUAUUGUAGUUCCCUCUCCCCCCUGAUGGAAUACAUCAUUCUUUGGCAUUUCUACCAAUGCAUCAUUCUUUGACGUUUAGCCAAUGUGAUCCCACCACUAGUCACCUCUUCCCACCACAUUGCUUUUCGCAGAGGCCAUUCCCUCUACAACUCCUUGGCUCACUGAUCCCUUCCCAACAAAUCACCCCAUCCACACUGACUAGGUACUUUCCCCCGGUACACCACAUGAGUUGUCCCUACACCUCCUCUCUCAAAUCCAUCCUGUGACCCCAACAACCCUUCCAGGUGAGACAUAGGUUCACUCUAACCCCAUAAACUGCAUUCAGUGCUCUCGAUGUGGCCUCAUUUACAUUGGCGAGAUCAAACAUCGGCGAUGGCUUCACCGAAUACGCACCAACGCCUGCUUAUUCCCUAUCAGUCCUGGGCCUGCUCCAUUGUACGGGUGAGGCCACAUGUAAACUGGAGGAACAACUGUUCCUCACUAGGGUCUUCUCGACAUCGUGCAGCUCCGCUCGCUCUUGCUCCCCCUUCCCCCAGUCGCAACAGGGCCUGAGACCCCCUAGUCUUCACUUUUCACCCCAUCAGCCGUCGUUGACAGCACAUAAUUCUCCGACGUUUUCAUCACCCCCCACGGGAUCCCACCACUAGCCACAUCUUCCCAUCUCCGCCCCAUUCCACUUUCCGCAGAGACCAUUCCCACCGCAACUCCUGGGUUAACUAAUCCCUUCACACCCAAACCACCCCUCCCCAGGUACUUUCCCUUGCAACCGCAGAAGAUGCAACACCUUUCCCUAUACCUCCUCCCUCAACUCCAUCCAAGGACCGCAACAGUCUUUACAGGUGAGGCAGAGGUUCAUUUGCACCCCCUCAACCUCAUCUACUGAAUCCGCUGUUUCAGGUGUGGACUCCUAUUUAUCGGUGAGACCAAGCGCAGGCUCGGCGAUCAUUUCGCUGAACACCUCCGCUCAGUCCUGCUAAACCUACCUGAUUUCCUGGUUGCUAAACACUUUAACUCCCCUUCCCAUUCCCACAUUAACCUUUCUGUCCCGGGCCUCCUCCAUUGUCAGUGUGAGGCCCAGUGCAAAUUGGAGAAACAGCACCUCAUAUUUCACUUGUGCAGCUUACACCCCAGCGGCAUGAACAUUGACUUCUCUAAGUAACCUUUACUUUCCCCCUCUCUCCAUCCCUCCCCCCUUCCAAUUCUCCAACCAGUCUAACUGUCUCCCUGAUUAUAUUUUAUCUCGGUUUGCUUUGUUGUCAUUUUCUCCUAGCUAACAAUGAUCUAUUCUCCAUUUUCCUUGAAUUUCAUCUCCUUUGAUGUCUUGCUUUCACACGCUACCUUCCCUUAUCUCUGUGUCUCCCACUCCCUUCACUUUCAGUCUGAAGAAGGGUCUUGACCCGAAAGUCACCCGUUCCUUCUCUCAGAGCUGCUACCUGUCCCGCUGAGUUACUCCAGCAUUUUGUGUCUUAUCUUCGGUAUAAACCAGUAUCUGCAGUUCCUUCCGACACAUCUUCAAGGUAAAACUCACCUAGUGGAUAAACCAGUUUCAAUGGUAGGAGAGCAUAAUCUGACUCGGGUAAACUGGGUCAUAGUUUGCCAGGCAAAUCUGUAAUUUAAAACAGAUAUGUUCCUACUGAAAUUGAGGUAUAAGGGAAAUUGAAGACCGGAUCACUAAAAAUUAUUGAGUGUUAAACAGAGCUAUAAAAAAGGUAUUAUGGCAGAUCAGGCAGUCAGGCAGAUGGCAAUUGAGAAAGGAAGUGGGUAAAAGAAGGAAAUAAGGGAGUUCAGGAGAGUACGUGAGAAAUGAGUGGCGAGAAGUAUAAUAGUGGGUCCAAAAAUAUUUUAUCAGCAUGUGACCAGUAAAAGCAUAAUAAAAAGAGAGGUUGAUUAUAACUCAAAAGGAAAUCCCCCCAUGGAUGCAGAGUGAAGGACUGUUGCUGAGUAUUUUAAUUAGUUUUCACCAGAAGCGAAGAUGUCCCUGGAGUCUAAGGAAAGGAAGGAGUAGCUGAAAUAUUUGGUGAGCUCAAAUUGAUGAAAAGUUACCAGAAAGAGGAGCUGCUCUUAAAGUGGAAAGGUCGCCUGCUGCAAAUUGCUGAAGGAAUUAAGGGAGGAAAUAGCAGAGGCCAUGGCCAUAACCUUCAGAUUCACGUUCACAUUCCAAAUAUCUACAGUUACCGUUGAGGUGUUUGAAGACUGGUGAAUGCCCAUGUUGCAGACAUGGUCACAAACAGGUGCAAUAUUAAAUCCAGCAACCGCAGCCUGUUCAGUUUAACGUCCACGCUGGGGAAAGUUCUGUUGACAAUAGGCAGGGCUAGAAUUCCACUGUGACCACAAGGGCUUCCUCACAGAUCCCAGUAGUAGGGCUGCAGGGGGGUGAGGAGAAGAAAUAUGAAGAACUGCAGGAAAGGUAAUAGACUUCAAGGAGAUGUAGGAGUGGGCAGAUAGAUGGCAGGUGAAAUUAAAUUCGUCAGGCAAUACACGAUUACAAUCGAGCUCAGGAAAAAAGGCUGAGGUUGUGGAUACAGUACAGGAACUUUACUGGGCAAAGUUCAGGGCUGCACGGUACUGCAACGGCAUAGUUUCUGCCUUAAGGCCUCCAUUCUCUGGUGCUCCGAGACCCGGGUUCGAUCCUGACAAUGGGCACUGUCUGUAUGGAGUUUGUACGUUUUCCCAGUGACCGCGAGUUUUCUCUGCGUGCUCCGGUUUCCUCCCCACACUCCAAAGGUUUGG